UUUGCUGUAAACGUCGUGCGGGAUUUCUAGCUGUCUGCAAGAGCAUGGCCAACAAACAGCCUCCUUUUCUACACCUGGCAGAACUCACAUCCUCGCAGUUCCUGGAUAUUUGGAAGCACUUUGACUCCGACGGCAAUGGGUACAUCGAAGGGAAAGAGCUGGAGAGCUUUUUCACAGAGUUGGAGAAGGCGAGGAGAGGAGCAGGAGUGGGAGGCCCAAGCUCCGAUGUUUCAGAAAAAAUGAAAGAGUUCAUGCAGAAAUUCGACAAGAAUGCUGACGGGAGAAUUGAACUGUCAGAGCUGGCUCAGAUUCUACCCACAGAGGAGAACUUCCUGCUGUGUUUUAGACAAUUUGUCAGCUCCAGCUCUGAGUUUAUGGAGGCUUGGAGGAGGUAUGACACGGACCGCAGUGGGUAUAUCGAAGCCAAUGAACUCAAGGCUUUCUUGUCAGACUUGUUAAAGAAGGCCAACAGGCACUACGAUGAUCAGAAGCUGCAUGAGUACACACAGACAAUACUUAAAAUGUUUGAUACCAAUGGAGAUGGGAAGCUGGGACUGUCUGAAAUGGCCAGGUUAUUACCAGUCCAGGAAAACUUCCUUCUCAAAUUCCAGGGAGUGAAAUUAAAUGCAGAACAGUUCAACGCAAUAUUCACAUACUACGACAAGGAUGGCAACGGCUACAUCGAUGAGCAGGAGCUGGACGCACUGCUUAAAGACCUCUAUGAGAAGAACAAGAAAGACAUGGACAUCCACAACCUGACUGGCUACAGGCAGACCAUCAUGGCCCUGUCGGAUGGAGGGAAGCUGUACCGCAAAGAGCUGGAGCUCGUGCUGUGCCGAGAAGCCAUUCUGUGAAGACCCCCCCCCCCCACUGGCCCAAACCCUGCCCCCUGACUCCACCACUCCUGUGUACUUUAAACAAACACCAGGUGCAUGUGCUGGGCUCUACCUAUCAUCGAUGCAGAGCGAUUGUGUGCUUGAAGCACCAAGACCACUACAAAGUCUCCCCUUGCCACCUCCCCUCGCCCCCCUCCCUGCUGAAUCUCAGUGACGCAGAUACGCUCUGAAGCGUCUCCUUUUUUAACUAGUAAUAAUGAAUAACAAGGCUUAUUAUUUAAAUGCUUGGUUUGACCUUUAUUGCCUACGUCCUAUAUAUACCCUCUGCUCUGCUCUCUAAUGUAUCACUGUUAACUUAUUUAUUUAUUAGUCUGAUUGAGACAAAUACUGUUAUCAGAGGAUGUCACCGGAAACAACAAUAAAAGAUAUCUGAUGAACAAACUGCCGGUCUUUCUUUUCUUCCAGCGCCUCCACUGAGACAGAGUGCUAUAGAGUACUGAGAACAUUGUGCUGUUUUAACA